GCAAGGCUACGCGGGUUCAUAAAUUGAACGCACCCAUGGCUUCGCCUUCAAAUGAGAGGGGGGGGCGUCAAGUUUGUGUGAAGUUGUGAAAAGUUGUCAACCCGAAAAAAGAGCAGAGAAACUCCUCCCGUCUUCAAAUUAUGAGCAAUCAACAGCAGGGUGAAAUGGCCGCUGUGAAGAGCGAAGGAGGCUUCAGUCAAAAGCGAAACACAAAUUCACAAGACUCGCAGCAGCCGUCUCCUCUCGCCCUGUUGGCAGCCACAUGCAGUCAAAUUGACACCCCAGGAGAGAACGAUUCCGCUGCCGAUCAACAACAACAACAACACAACCAGCAGCAGCAGCUCGACAUAAACCAGGGUGUCUUCACCUCAAGUGCCAACGGCUGGCAGGUUAUUCCUCUCAGCAUUCAAGCAUCCUCAGGCUCUAACACCAUCACCACUGAUUCCUCGGUGGUGAUGACAGGAGGAGAGGCCGGCAAGAGCAGACAGGUGCUUCCACCAUCGACAGUUGCCGUGAGCACUCAGGGUCAGCAGCAGCCGCAGCCGCAGCAAUUUGUACUAGCUCAGGCUCCUUCAGUGCAGGGUCAGCAGGUGCUUACUACCAUAUCAGGGAUGAUGCCCAACAUUCAGUACCAGGUUAUUCCCCAGUUUCAGACAGUAGAUGGCCAGGCUGUACACUUCGCACAUCCUCAGCAGGAGUCGGCUGUAUCUGCAGCGGGACAAGGGCAACAGUUGCAGAUUGUAUCUUCUCCGAACGGCCAGCAGAUUAUAGCUGCAACCAACAGAGCCGGUGCAGCUGGAAACAUCAUAACCAUGCCCAGCCUCCUUCAAGGAGCCAUUCCCAUACAAAAUAUAAGUUUAGGCAACAGCGUAUUACAAAAUCAGCCUCAGUUCUUGGCAAACAUGCCUGUCUCCCUAAAUGGAAACAUCACUUUGUUGCCUGUCAGUACUGGUGGUACAGGUGGAGACGGAAAUGGUGGAGGAGGAGAUACGGGGGGAAACCAACUCGUUCAGCAACAGCAGGCACAACAGCCCGCGUCGUCCAACAGUGGGGCAGGUUACAUGUCAAGUGCGUCUACCGUCACGACGCAGACCUCCUCUUCUUAUGGAAUAACUCAGAACAGCAAUGCAACAGUAACGGGGACAUUUCAGCAGAACACAGCAUCUUCUCUGGGUGUCCCAAUACAGCCAGACAACAGAGAUGGGCAGCAGCCACAGCAAAUCCUUAUCCAGCCUCAGCAGGUUAUUCAAGGUGGAACACCUCUUCAAACCAUCCAGGCUGGUGCCCUUUCAACCGCUGGCGGUCAAGUAUUUGCAGCUCCAACACUCAGUCAGGAGGGGCUUCAAAACCUUCAAAUUAUGCCAAAUCCAGGGUCCAUCCUCCUUCGCACUGUCGGCCCCAAUGGGCAGGUGAGCUGGCAGACCAUUCAGAUCCAGAAUCCGACAGGAACGCAAAUCACGCUGGCCCCAGUGCAGUCUCUCCCACAACUUGGCCAAACUCAGGGAGCUGCUGCAGCUGGAGGAGUAUCUGUCAACACAGUGCAGAUCCCAGGCAUCCAGACCAUCAAUCUUAACACACUUGGGGGAUCUGGACUACAGAUGCACCAGCUGCAUGGGGUUCCCAUCAGCAUUGCCAGCACAACAGGAGAGCAGGCCCUGCACACGGCAGGAGAAGGUUUGGAUGAUAGCGCAGCUAUGGAUGAAGAGGAUAUAAACACGCAACCUCAAGGGCGUCGUAAUCGCAGAGAAGCCUGUACCUGCCCAUUCUGCAAGGACGGAGAGGGACGAGAUCCAAAUAAAAAGAAGCAGCACAUUUGUCACAUCUCUGGCUGCGGGAAGAUCUAUGGCAAGACGUCCCACCUGAGAGCCCACCUUCGCUGGCACACGGGAGAGCGUCCCUUUGUCUGCGGCUGGUCCUUCUGUGGCAAACGCUUCACCCGUUCAGAUGAACUUCAGCGCCACAAGAGAACGCACACAGGCGAGAAAAGGUUUGCUUGUACCGAGUGUCCCAAACGCUUCAUGCGCAGCGACCAUCUCUCAAAGCACAUCAAGACCCAUAUGAACAAGAAAGUUGGAGGCAUCAACACCAACAGCACCACGGCCUCAACCGAAGCUCCUUCCCCCGCAGCAGGAACAGAAGCCGGCACUGGAGCCGUGUCAGCCAAUGACCAGCACACCAUUGUCACCAUGGAAACCUUAUCUGCAGAGAGCAUAGCUCGGUUAGCCAGCAGUGGUAUCAACAUGAUGCAGGUGGACCUUCACCAAAUCAAUGGCAGCAGCUACUGAGGAUGGUGGAGGAAGAUGACCUUUGUGGAUAUUGUAAUUGGACAUUUGGGGUUAAAAAGGGCACGCUACUGCAAACGCAGAAACUCUCAAGGGCUUCAGACUGGAGAGGCGCUCACAAAUGCAACACAACAGACACUGAUUUUGACAUCUGAGGGUGGUAUAUGAUUUCAAUCUUGUAUUUAGAGAUGUGUCAUUUAAGGCUCGGAGGUGGAUGAGUUGGAUUAAAAUGUUAGAUUAGAGAAAUCGUCAUGAAAUCUUAUUGCCCCUGAAUGGAAAUGGCACUACACUAACAUUUACACACAGACCAGCGCACUUCACUUUGAAUUUGUAGCUAGUAAUCUUUCUACAAGCUUCCGCAGUGAAGAGAUGACACUACUAAGUCAGGCUCACCCCAGUCUCUGUGGCUGUGAGCUUUGCCACUUGUCCCUCUUCACCUCAGGCACCUCCCGCUCCAUCGGACUGGUCUGACCUCAUGUUAAACUGACACAUCAGCCAACGUGCCAAAUUCUCCUCUAAAA